UUGUCGAUAGAAGCGUAGAGCAGCCCCAUAUGAGCACUUGGUGUGGAGUGAAGGCUGGCUAGUCGCAAGUCGGUGACGUUGAUCCCGGCCACCUACAAACAAGCGAAGCGAGACCCAGCUUGUCGACCGACACCUACGUGACUUGACCUGCUACUCACCGACACCGCGCCUAAUAUCCUAUCUCUCCGCACGGCUUCCCCUCGACUCACUCUCGCCGGCGCCUCUGUCGAUCCUGCCCGCCAGCACUCUGCGCUGUCGCAUGCGCCUACCCUCACCCUCGCCCUCGCCGACUGUCUGAUUACCAACCUCCGUGCCGUACCUCCACUUCUGCUCUGCCCGCUCGCGCUCGCGCCCGCAACAUGUCUGUCGAACUCGACCCUCCGGAGCUUGGGUUCAAGCGUCCGUUCCAGCACGAGGUCUCGCAGGUCCUCCGACUCAUGAAUCCGCACUCCGAUCCGGUGGCCUUCAAGGUGAAAACCACGGCUCCGAAGCAAUACUGCGUGAGGCCCAAUUCUGGCCGCAUUGAGCCGGGCAAAGAUGUCGAAGUGCAGAUUCUCCUCCAAGCAAUGAAGGAGGACCCGCCGCCAGACGCGAAAUGCAGGGACAAAUUCCUCGUACAAUCAGUGCUUGUCACAGCUGAUAAGGAGUUCACCAAUGUUGCUUCGCUCUGGUCAAACAUCGAGCAGACAGCCAAGUCGUCGAUUCAGGAGAAGAAGAUUAGGGUCACUUUCUUGCCUGCAGACGACGUCACGGCAACACCACCGAAGACAAAUGGCGUAAGCCACCGCGAUGAUCGGACUAUGGUCCCGUCUCCUUCCCCGGAGGCCGUUACUCCCCAGCGUGGUUCUACCGAAGCGCCCGUUGGAUCUGUCUCCCGCCCCGAGUCCCGGCCGAGCGACAGUAGGAACCUGAGAGACGCUCGAGAUUCCGCGUUUAACCCCGCCACUUCUGGAGUGAAGUCAACCGUCUCUGCAGCUGCAGCAGGGGUAGCAAGGGCAAUCCCCACGUCCAGCGAAGAUCUCCAGGCCCAGCUCGCCGAUGCCAAGGCCACGAUCGCGAAGCUUCGGGAACAAGUCGAGACAUCAAGCGGUCUCCGUCAGCGGAAGGCGGAACCCACGCGCGACUCCAAGGAGCAGCUGCAGACGGCCGUGAGCACUCACCAGCAGGGUCCUACAGGCGGCGUCUCUGUUCAGAUCACGGCCAUCCUGUGUCUGCUGAGCUUCCUUCUGGCUUACUUUUUGUUUUGAUCCCGCUCCCCCGCAAUAUCCCAUGUCACGCCAGUCGAGUUAGAUGCCGUGCGCGAACGGCGGCCCCGGAUUUUGAACGAAGGGGGAAAGUGUGGGGUGUCAGAUGAUGGCGGUCUCGAUCAGCCGAAUGGCGAAAGUCUGUGACGGAAUAGUGUGGCGGCCGCGGCGGAGGGAGUAAUUCCUUUUGUUCGUUCUUCUGCGUGAUUAAUUGUCCCGUGGAGGCAGGUCCAGGUUGUCUGCUUUGGGUAAGCAUCUGGAGGAGCUGAAGCUUGUGG